AUGGGGCCCGCCAGCCCCGCCGCUCGUGGUCUGGGCCCGCUGCUGCGGUUGCUGCCACUGUUGCUGCUGCUUCUGCGCGUGCAGCUCGCCGAAGGGAACCUGCCCGGUGGGAGCCCCAGCGCGGCCGAGGCCCCAGGGUCUGCCCAGGUGGCUGGACUAUGCGGGCGCCCAACCCUUCACCGGGACCUGCGCACCGGCCGCUGGGAACCAGACCCACAGCUCUCACGACGCUGUCUCCGGGACCCGCAGCGCGUGCUGGAGUACUGCAGACAGAUGUACCCGGAGCUGCAGAUUGCCCGUGUGGAGCAGGCGACGCAGGCCAUCCCCAUGGAACAAUGGUGCGGAGGUGCCCGGGGUGGCCACUGUGCCCAUCCCCACCACCAAGUUGUGCCUUUCCACUGCCUGCCCGGUGAAUUCGUGAGCGAGGCCCUGCUGGUGCCUGAAGGCUGCCGGUUCUUGCACCAGGAGCGCAUGGACCAGUGUGAGAGUUCAACCCGGAGGCAGCAGGAAGCACAGGAAGCCUGCAGCUCCCAGGGCCUCAUCCUGCAUGGCUCAGGCAUGCUUUUGCCCUGUGGCGCAGAUCGGUUCCGAGGUGUGGAAUAUGUGUGCUGCCCACCUCCAGCGACCACCAACCCUUCUGGGACAGCAGUUGGUGAUCCCUCCACCCGGUCCUGGCCCCUGGGAAGCAGAGUUGAGAGGGGCGAUGACGAGGAAGAGGAGGAAUCCUUCCUGCAGCCAGUAGAUGAUUACUUUGUGGAGCCCCCACGAGCUGAUGAGGAGGAGGAGGAGGAGAGAGUCCCACCCUCAAGCUCCCAGACCCCUGCAGGGGUCAGCAAAGUGACUCCCACCCCGAGGCCCACAGAUGGUGUGGACGUGUACUUUGGCAUGCCUGGAGAAAUCAGUGAGCAUGAAGGCUUCCUGAGGGCCAAGAUGGACCUGGAGGAGCGCAGGAUGCGCCAGAUUAAUGAGGUGAUGCGUGAGUGGGCCAUGGCCGACAACCAGUCCAAGACCCUGCCUAAAGCCGACAGACAGGCCCUGAAUGAGCACUUCCAGUCCAUCCUGCAGACCCUGGAGGAGCAGGUGUCCGGUGAGCGACAGCGCCUGGUGGAGACCCACGCCACCCGAGUCAUCGCCCUGAUCAAUGACCAGCGCCGGGCCGCCUUGGAAGGUUUCCUGGCAGCGCUGCAGGGGGAUCCGCCUCAGCCAGAGCGGGUCCUGCUGGCCCUGCGGCGCUACCUGCGAGCUGAGCAGAAGGAGCAGAGGCACACACUGAGGCACUACCAGCAUGUGGCUGCCGUGGACCCCGAGAAGGCCCAGCAGAUGCGCUUCCAGGUGCAGACCCACCUUCAAGUAAUUGAAGAAAGGAUGAAUCAGAGCCUGGGGCUGCUUGACCAGAACCCCCGCCUGGCUCAGGUGUUGCGGCCCCAGAUCCAGGAACUCCUCCACUCUGAACACCUGGGCCUCAAUGAACUAGAAGCCCCUGCCCCAGGGGGCAGCAGUGAGGACAAGAGUGGGCUACAGCCCCUGGAUUCCAAGGAUGCAGACACCCCCAUGGCCCUUCCCAAAGGGUCCACAGAACAAGAUGCCGCGUCCUCUGGGAAAGACAAGAUGACCCCCCUGGAGCAGUACGAACGGAAGGUGAAUGUGUCCGUUCCAAGGGGCUUUCCUUUCCACUCAUCGGAGAUUCAGAGGGAUGAGCUGGCCCCAGCUGGCACAGGCGUGUCCCGAGAGGCCGUGUCCGGUCUGCUGAUCAUGGGAGCCGGCGGGGGCUCCCUCAUCAUCCUCUCCCUGCUGCUCUUGCGCCGGAAGAAGCCCUACGGGGCCAUCAGCCACGGAGUGGUGGAGGUGGACCCCAUGCUGACCCUGGAGGAGCAGCAGCUCCGCGAACUGCAGCGUCAUGGCUAUGAGAACCCCACCUACCGCUUCCUGGAGGAACGACCCUGA